UACAGACUGCAGAAGAAUACCGUUCAAGGCGCACUACUUAAAUAGUUUCGCGCGGAACAGCUUCACGUUGACACAGAGAGUAUUUGCUCGGUUGACUGGCAAGCAGUCUCGUCCCUCUUGCUUAUACGGAAUCAUUCAGGGACGGCUUGUCUCAUUGACGGUUUUCAGCAGACUCGAUUCCACCCACUCUCGUCCCUUGAUUUGCAUGAGGCAGCACGGCCAUUGGCAACAAAGCCCUGUCUCCUAGCAACUCUGAUACGUAUCAAAGGAACCAAGCAGCUGGGUUUGUCUUCUACGUCUGAACCACGUUGCCUGAAAGGGAUGCCCAAACUAUCUGUGCAAGGCGUGAACCCGUACCCGAGCCCCUCCAUUCCACAGCAGAGCGCUGCAGGUUUCCUCACAAUCAGACGUCGUCUCGCUGACCCAUCUCACCCGACCGUCUCAUCUGACUUCUUUAUCAGCAGUCACAGAAUUUGUAGCCACCCUGUCGCAGUAACUCCACGGGACGGCGGACCAGCUCGUGAGCGAAUCUGCUUAAGCCAGGUUGAGAAACGCUGGACUAGAGCGACUCACGUGUCCUUUCAAGGCCAUUCGUUCUCCCGUUCGCGCUCGUAUCGGCUAUUCUACAACCUGUAGAGUGUUGAUAAUGUGGACUGUUCCUUCCAACGGGGUCAUCCACAUGGAUAGAAAUUUACGGAAGUGUAAGAAACGCGUGGUCCUUGACUGCCUCUCUCUAAGACCUUUCAUUACUCCGACUUUGAUUUCAGUUUAUGGUUGUGUGUACUUGUGACCUUGAAAUUCAGGGAACAGAUGCGUUUAAACAUUUAUGCGCCUGAUAUUCGACGGACUGCAGAAAUAUCUGACUCCGUCAUGAGAAACACGAGAAUUUCUCUCUGCUAUUCAUUUUCUGGCCUGAUCAUCUGAAGUUGCUUCCAGAAUUUGCCGCGAUGUGUAGAUGACUGAAGUUUCACUGCCUCAGGAAACAUAAUUAAACAACU